CAAACACAUUCAUAAUCAGACACCAACACUUUUAAUCAUAAACACACAUACACACACACACACACAUACUUAUAAACCCUCUUUAAUUUCAAAUUGGAAACCCCAUCAUAACAAUAACAACGACGACGACGACAACGACAAGAAUCAUAAACAUCUCAGUUUCAAAUUGACCAUAGAAGAGAACACAACAUCUUUCUGAAUCUUCAAUCAUUCUUUGGUUUUCUUUUUAUUCAAUUAAACAAUAAUGGAGAAUUCAAAUGGUUAUCAGGAGAUGGACCAAAUGUUGGAAUUUGCUGAAAUGGAUGAAGAAAAUGAAAUGAGAUUGAGGCAAGAGGGGUUUAAUGAAGAGGAGGAAAUGAUAAUGAGAAUGGAGGAAGAGAUGGAUGAGGAGAUGAAUUAUUUAAGUGAUGUCGAAGAUGAUGAUUAUGAUAAUGGUGAUUUAAUUGAUGAGUAUUAUAAGGAGGAAGAGAAAGAGAUUAAAAUGAAGGAAGAUGCUGUACAGCGAUAUGAGGAGGAUGUUUUAAUUAAAAAAUUAAAUGAAAUGGAGGAGAUUGUUAAUGAGGAGGAGAAGGAGGAGGUGGAGAUUAAUAUUUAA